UUCUCUGUCUCUCUUUCUCUCUUUCUCUUAGCCUCUUUGUGUCUAUUCCGUGUGUCUCUACUUCCUCAUAUAUAUCUGUUUUUAAGGAAUCAAUAAAGCUUACAUAUAUAUACCAUACAUUAAACUGAAUUUUGUGUGUUAUAAUUAAGAAACAGAAAAUGGGGUGCCAGCAAAUAGAAAAAACAAAAGCAAAACACAGAAAAGGGUUAUGGUCACCUGAAGAAGAUAACAAGCUCAGAAAUUAUAUCCUAAACUAUGGUCAUGGUUGUUGGAGUUCAGUCCCCAUUAAAGCAGGGUUGCAAAGAAAUGGAAAGAGUUGCAGAUUAAGGUGGAUUAAUUACUUGAGGCCAGGAUUAAAAAGAGGCAUGUUCACCAAACAAGAGGAGGAUACAAUUCUCACUUUUCACCACAUGUUGGGAAACAAGUGGUCUCAGAUAGCACAAAAAUUGCCAGGAAGAACUGACAAUGAGAUAAAGAAUUAUUGGCAUUCAUAUUUGAAGAAGAAAGUUGCCAAAGAAAAAGAGAUUGAUGAAUCUCAUCAACAAGUUCAGUAUGCUACCUCAAGCUCAGAAACAAUAGACUAUUCAUUCUCUCCCAAUAAACUUGUAACUAAUGAUCCAAACUAUGGAUUGUUACUACAAAACAUGGAUAAACCAGCACCAAAUUUAGUUGAUCACUCAUAUGAACAUAAUCAUAAUAAUAUUACUAAUAAUAAUUACCAAUUAUCCAAGGAGGCUUCACAUGGCUCCUUACCAAAAUUGUUGUUUGCUGAGUGGCUUUCUUUAGACCAAGUAAAUGGUGGUAGUUCUAUGAACUCAGAUGAGUCUUUGAUGAUAUUGGGAAAUGGGUUUGAUCAAAAUUCAACUUUUCAAGAAGAUUUGAUGCAUAUGUCAUCAUCAGAAGGACCCUUUGGUGGAGAAUAUCAGAAUAGUCUAAGUCAAUGUUCAGCAACUGAAGUGUACAAUUCACAGGUUAAUAAGUUCUCAAAUCAGGUUGUUGGAAAUGACUACAUUCAACAUUUCAUUGAUGAUGAUGCUGAUUUGUGCAGCAAUUUCAGCCUCAACAAUGGUGCAAUGUAUGUUAUGAGUAAUUCACUAUGAGGACAAAGUUUCCAAAUGUCUUCUAAUUUAUUAUUGUCUUACAUUACAUACUGAAACCAAACAAAUCUCAGCAUUAUAGUAUACUUAUAUGAGU